AUGGAGGCCAGUUCUUCACCGCCGGGAGACUACACCGUGUAUUUCUCUACGGAUGAGCUGAGCUUGCCUGUAGAAGGCUAUGAGAUUGGAGCAAACAGGGAUCUCGUUGUCGUUGGUGAUUUUGAACGUGCGCGCUUUGGUCAAGUCAAGAUCGAAACCAAUGUCUUCCCCAAUGGCUGCACGGCAUCCUGUGACAUAGCCUACACCGAAAGGAUUGUGAACAGUGAGAUCGACAAUGAGAAACCCCAACUCUUGGAUUAG